AUGGCGGCUCGGCAGAGGUUCUGGCACCGCAGCGGGCGAAUCCUGCUUUGUCUGCUCCUGGGGAUGCAGUGGGAGACGGGGUCCGGACAGAUCCGUUAUUUGGUGCCCGAGGAAACGGAGAAAGGCUCUUUCGUGGGGGAUGUGGCCAAGGACCUGAGACUGGAGCCCGGAGAGCUGUCGGAGCGCCGCGUCCGCAUUGUUUCCAGAGAAGUGGAAAUUACUGAUGUAAAUGAUAAUCCUCCCCGCUUCCGCGAAGAGGAACUAGAAAUAAAAAUCAGUGAAAACGCAGCGCCAGGGAUUCGACUUCCCCUUCCCGAAGCGCAUGACCCGGACGUGGGGGCGAAUUCCCUGCAGAGCUACCAGCUCAGCCCGAGCCGGCAUUUCUCUCUGGAUGUGCAAAGCGGAGCUGACGGGACCACGAAUGCGGAGCUGGUGCUGGAGCGGGUCCUGGACCGGGAGGAGGAGGCUGUUCACCACCUCGUCCUCACGGCCUCGGACGGGGGAGAUCCGGUCCGGUCGGGCACCGCGCGCAUCCGUGUGACAGUCCUGGAUGCGAAUGACAACGCUCCGGUCUUUACUCAAUCUGUUUAUCAGGUGAGAGUCAGGGAGGACGUUCCCAUGGGGACCCAGGUGGUCACGGUAAACGCCACGGACCCGGACGAAGGAGUCAAUGGCCAUGUGACAUAUUCGUUCCGAAAAAUAACGGAUAAGACUUCUCGAAUGUUCCAGCUGAACUCCACAACUGGAGAGGUGUCGAUUUUGGCAAAUCUCGAUUUUGAGGAAUCUGAAUUUUAUGAGAUGGAAGUUCAAUCCCAGGACGGUGGGGGUCUUCGGGCCCGAGCAAAAGUUCUGGUGACAGUCGAAGAUGUGAAUGACAACACUCCGGACGUGACCAUCACCUCUCUCACCAGUUCAGUUCCCGAGGACUCUCCCCCGGGGACGGUAAUUGCCCUUUUAAACGUGCACGACCGAGACUCUGGGGACAACGGCCUCGUCACGUGUUCCAUCCCCAAUAAUCUGCCCUUCAAAUUGGAAAAAUCAAUAGAUAGUUAUCUCCGUCUAGUGACGGACCGAACCCUAGACAGGGAGCUGGUCUCGAAUUACAACGUGACGGUGACGGCCACAGACCGAGGGUCCCCGCCCCUUUCUGCUCAAACUCACAUCUUCCUGCGUGUGACAGAUACCAACGACAACCCGCCUGCCUUCGAGCAGACAGCCUAUUCCGUCUACAUUCCCGAGAACAACCCCCGAGGCGCAUCCGUUUUCCGUGUGACCGCCCGGGACCCCGACAGCGAAGAAAACGCGCGAGUCACUUACUCCAUCAGUGAGGAACCCGGCCAAGGACCUCCUCUGUCCUCCUACGUGUCCAUUAACUCGGAGACUGGGGUCCUGUACGCUCUGCGCUCCUUCGACUACGAGCAGUUCCGGGAGCUGCAGCUGCAGGUCACCGCACGGGACGGCGGGACCCCGGCCCUCAGCAGCAACGUGUCGGUGACUCUUCUGGUUCUGGACGAAAAUGACAACGCCCCGGAGAUCCUGUACCCCUCCUUGCCCACCGACGGUUCCACCGGGGUGGAGUUGGCUCCGCGCUCGGCCGAGCCGGGAUACCUGGUGACCAAAGUGGUGGCAGUGGACGGCGAUUCGGGCCAGAACGCGUGGCUGUCCUACCGCCUGCUCAAGGCCACGGACCCGGGCCUCUUUACGGUGGGGCUGCACACGGGCGAGAUCAGGACGGCCCGGAGCUUCCUGGACAAGGAUGCCCUCAAGCAGAGCCUCGUGGUGGCGGUCAGGGACAACGGGGAGCCUCCUCUCUCUGCUACCGUCACUGUCACGGUGGCCGUGGCCGACAGCAUCCCCGAGAUCCUGUCGGAUCUGAGCAGCCUCUCGACGCCCGCAGACCCCGAGUCCAGCCUCACGCUGUACCUGGUGGUCGCGGUGGCCGCCGUGUCCUGCCUGUUCUUAGCCUUCAUCAUCGUGCUGUUGGCCCUGAGGCUCCGCAGGUGGCGAGCCGCGCGGCUGCUGGAGUCUUCGAGCGGGUAUCUGGGUGGCGUCCCGGCCUCACACUUUGUGGGCAUCGACGGGGUCCGAGCUUUCCUCCAGACUUAUUCCCACGAGGUGUCCCUGACCACAGACUCCCGGAAAAGCCAGUUGCUCUUUCCUCAACCCAAUUAUUCUGACACUCUGGCUAGCCAGCGGACUUGUGAGAAAAAGGAGCCUCUCUUAGUGGCUGAGGAUUCAGGUUUUAGCAAUGGAGAUCAAAGUUUCCUCCAGAUGUCAGCGGCUACCAAAGAAACCACCUGCGGGGUCCUGGCACUAAAGGACAGUUUCAGCACUGAGCUGUCGUCAGUGCGGCUGUCCAGCACGUGA